AUGGUUCGUGAAGCUGAUAUAUUACCAACUGAAUAUGGUACAGUUGAACAUUUUGCAUCGAAAAUAGCAGCUGAUGAUGGUAUACAAGUUGAAGAUUUACCAUUAAAAGAUGAUUUAUCAUAUAAACAUCGAUCAAGUAUAACAGACGAUGAAUCAGGUUAUUCUGAAACAACUACAACAUCAGCACGUGCAUCACCAAUUCAAACAUUAACAGACAAUGAUUAUGAAUUAGCAUCAGCGUUAAAUGAUGAUAGUAAAAAAGAAUUUUGUUCCGAUAUGUGUUUAGUAUUUCAUGCUGAAUUUCAAUUAACAUUCGGACGUUAUUUUACAUCAGAUCAUUGGACAUUAUUACCAAUUACAGCUGAUGGUUCAUGUAAAUUAUCAACUGAUGCUUUAUGUGAUGUUGAAAUAGCUAAAGUACGUUUUGAAUGUGAUUCAUGUGCACAUUGUUGGACAUCCAUGCGAGGUCAAAUAUCAUUUUUUUAUGAUUGCAAGUCUCAUAUACUUUACUUCAAAUUAUUUACACAAAAUUGUGAUCAAUGUGGAAGUUUAUCAACACCAUUGUGGUAUCCCGAAGAAGUUUGUCGUGUAAUUAAAAAUGUAUUUGUUAAUGUUCAACAACAAUUUUAUCCAGAUUUAGUAACACCAAUUAAAUCAAAUCAUUAUCGUCGUUUUGGAAAUCCUAAAGGACAACAUCAUGGAUGUGAAUCAUGUCGAGAUGGUGUUUGUGUUGCUUUAGCUGCACAACAACUUGGAUGUAAACUUGUUAAAUGA